CUAACAUCCCCAUCCUCUUCAUCCCCACGUUUCACUCCCUCUGUGGACACAGUAGUUCAUCUGGUCACCCAAACAGAAACAAGCUCGUACCUCUGCUUUGUUUCUCUGCUAGCCCCCUCACCUCCCUUUCUGCUCUUGUCUUCAUCCUCCUCCUCCCCAGCACGGUGUGUGAUGGUGCACCCCCUCCUCUCCGCCUUGGAGACAUGCCUGUACAGGAGAUGGCAGUGAGUCCUGUCAAGUCCCUGCACUGGGAGCAGUUCCCUCCCAUGUCGCAGCGCCGCGUCUAUUGCACUCCUGUCUACCACGAAGGCCUACUCUACGUGCUGGGGGGCUGCAGUGAGACAGGCCUGCCGCUGGACAGUGUUGAGGUCCUGGACGUAGAAAGCCGGACAUGGAGCCAACUGCCUCCACUGCCCACUGCACGGGCAGGGGCCUCGGCUGUGGCGCUGGGGAGCCAGGUGAUUGUGCUUGGGGGCAUGAAUCAGCAGCAAACCCCUCUAGCUUCUGUGGAAAUGUACCAUCCGGAUGAGGGAAAAUGGGAGACAAAAGCCAGUCUGGGUCAGCCAUCGAUGGGAGUCACUACAGUUGAGAAAGAUGGGAAAGUGUACGCAAUGGGGGGCAUGGGAGCGGACACAACACCUCAGGCUCUGGUCAGAGUCUAUGAUGCAGAAAAAGACCAAUGGCAGCCGAUGACUUCUAUGCCCACGCCGCGGUAUGGAGCAACACCGUUUGUAAUAGGAAACAAAAUCUACAUGAUGGGGGGACGUCAGGGAAAGAUGCCAGUGACAGCGCUGGAGUCCUUUGACCUGGAGAUGAAGAGCUGGACACGUUACCCCUGCAUCCCCAGCCGGAGGGCUUUUUCCUGUUGCGCCAUGAAUGAGCGAAGCCUCUUUAGCCUGGGGGGCCUUCAGCAGCCAGGCCCACAUAACUUCUACUCCAGACCUCACUUUGUCAGCACCAUGGAGGAGUACGACUUGGAACAAGGGAUCUGGAUCAAACCCACGCGAACAUCCAGGAUGAGGGAGAAAAGAGCCGACUUUGUGGCAGGAUGCCUGGGUGGAAGGGUCAUCGUCGCCGGCGGUUUAGGAAAUGAGCCGUCACCAUUGGGCUCAGUGGAAAGCUACAACCCAGUGAAGCGGCGCUGGGAGUACAUGGCGCCCAUGCCCACUGCACGUUGCUCCUCUGCUCUCCUGCAGACAAACAGCAUGCUCUUUGUGAUUGGGGGAGUCGCCCAGGGACCCAGCAAUGUUGUGGAAUCUCUCUGCUUACAGGAAACAGUGUGACAUAUGACACACACACAAUCUCUCAUAAACAUAGGAAUAAAUGCAAACUGGCCUUGAUUCAUGUAGGAACGGAAAAUCUGACACGUACAGGUGGAUUGGAUCCACAGAUCAGACAUAAUCAUUUUACCUUCAUGUCCAGCUGAUGGAUUUGUCUUGUUCCUGGGAUGGGAUGAUGCUGUGGGAUGACACUCAACAAGGAUUUCCAGAUGGAAGUUGCAGAAAAUUUUGUGACAUAGUUGGACAAAUACAUGAUAAAGGAUGUUCAAUUGGGCCGCUGAGGAGAGAAAACUGACAGAUUUUUGUUUUUGUUUUUUCUAACUCUGGGGAAAUCAGAGGAAAGCAAAAAAAAAAAAAAAAAAAAAAAAAAAAAAACAGUGUCUGAAGAAACAACACGCCUUUUUCAGAAAAAAGCAGGGUACUUUUCUGGAUCUUAAAGGAACACAGGGCCAUAUCUGAGUCUUUUCUUCUUUGCAGCAGUGUCGUCUGACUUCUGCAGCGACAUCACGCUCGGACACUUUUCUAUGACUUAAAAACAACACUCUGAGUUUUAGAAGGUGUUGUUCUGGGAAUGUGAAUGUCUGUUAUUGCUUUUGUUGUUUUUGUUGCACUGAUGUGUGUGUGAGCAUUGCAGCUGCUAACAGCCACUACCACAGUGUUGACAACGGUGGUCUGGAACAUGCUUUCACAUCCCAAGCAAGUCAAGCCGCUGCCAGUGAGAACUCCAUCCACAGCGGCUGAUCUCAACCACCAUCAUUGUGGUUGAACUUGUCUCACUUUGAUACAAAUCUCACCAUCUGUGCACCACAGCAGUCUGUCACUUACACCAAAGCAGGCUUGACUUUGCUCUUGGAUUGAAUGCAGAGUUACUUGCUGCACUGAGGCAUCCUAAACAAAUCAGCUUUUGCAAUUUUUAAUGCAAUGACAGCUACAUGGUGAAAUUUGAGCACCUCAAGUUGAUAACCCCAAACUUUUACAGCAGUUUAGAGGGUUUAGCGAGAAUAGACUAGAAGAAAUUUAUGCGCUUCAUAUCUGUAACUGUUUUGAUUAUUAUUAACUUGUUUUGGUCAUUUCCUUCCUGGCACAUUGCUGGUGUAAUACAAAGUGCAAUAUCACAGCUACAAUUCUUACACUGCAGUUUUUUCUUAGCUCGAGUAUAACAUCUUCAUAUCUGUUGGCUUAAAAAAAGACAAUUUAUUGUUUACCCCAGUGUCCUUAAACAGCUCUUGCUAUCUAAUUUGCUAAAUAUUAAGAUGAACAGCAACAAAAUGUUACGUUUCCUGUUAAGUCAACAUGUAACUUUAUUUAUGUCGAAUAGAA